AUGCGCAAGGAUGGGCUUUCGGAGGCGGAGAUAGCGGUUCGAUAUUGCCUUUACUGGCCUGAUGGCACAAGGAAGAUGUCUUCCAAAGACAAUCCGAAACCUGGGAAUAUCAGCCGAUUGGUUCAAGCUUUACUGGACAAGUACAAUGAAGAUCACCAUCUUUUAGGGGAUCUUGCAUAUGAACUUGAUGGUGUUGUGUGCUUCCAAGAAUUUUAUAUGGGGGAGAUUGGCUGCCUCAGUAUGUACUAUCAUCUCAAUUUUACUACAAAGACUAAAGGAGCUGAUGAUUUUCACGGUGGCAUCAACAAUCUAUUCUUUGCUGAAGUCACACAAAUAAAAGGCGAAAGUGCUGAAUAUGUGCUCAAUUGUUUCUGUAUGGUGAAACGCAAUGACAAUGGCCGAUGCUAUGAAUGUAUGAAUUACGGAAAUGUUGAUUUGAAGCACCCUGUCAAUGCUGAUAAAUAUAAAGGUCGCCACUCUCACCCACACAAAGUAGGGUACGGUUUGGUCGAUCGAGGGGUACCUGAAUACAUCCAGAAUGAGGAGGAUAUGCUGGCGGAUGAGGAGGCUAGGAUAAGAUAUAUAUACAAGUGCCCUGAUGAUCGUGCUAUUGCGGCAAAAUCGGAUGGUGCAAGAAUGCCUGCAGUUUUGGCCAAGAGAGAGGAUGUUGGUUUGGCCAAAAGAGAGAAUGCUGGUUUGGCCAAAAGACAUGAUGGCCAGGGAAAAGGGAAAUACAUUUUACCUGCAAGGCGUCAGUUGGUUUGA